AUGCAUGUCAGGUGUGAGAGUAAAGAACUUGAUAUCGAAAUAAGGAACCUGAUAGAAAAGAACAACACUUACCAGUUGUGUGAGGACCCUGAACCUGUUGCCCAAGAGAGUCCGAAUGCUCAGAGAACUUCAUGUUCCCUUAAGACCCAUAGUGAAACAAAUGCUGAAGGCCAUCUUGGAUGCACGUGGGCAGAUGUGAGUGACAUGGAAGUCCCGGCAGACGCACUAGAAUCAAGGCACACAUUACGGACCAAAAAGAACACUAUAUCAGCCGGUUCUCUGGAACAACAGAUCCUGUCACUGGAAAGACAGAGACGAGAGCUUCUGGAGGUGAACAAGCAAUGGGAUCAUCAGUUUAGACGUAUGAAACAGCUUUAUGAAAAACAGCUGGCAGAAAUGAAAGCAAAACUGGACGUGUCGGAGAGGAGAGUUGGUAAGCUGGAGGAAGAGAGACAUCGACAGCAUCCUGAAGAUGAGAGGUUGCGAGCCCUGGGCAGAGAGAGGCCAUUGCAGGAAACGAAAGAAACAAAGGUCCUUAGUGAAGCUCUCCGGGAAAUGAAGGAAGAGAACAAGCUCCUGAAGCAGAAGAAUGCCUCAAUGAUCAGAAAGAACGAACACUAUGAGUGUGAAAUAAGUCGUCUCAAUAAGGCCCUUCUGGAAGUGUUGAAAAAGCAGCACUCGCCUGUUCUUGGGACUUCUUCAGAGAAGGGUGACAGGAGCAGCCAUGAGGACAUGAGAACCCAACUUGAAGUUCUCAGACAGCAGGUACAAAUAUAUGAAGAAGACUUCAGAAAGGAGAGGUCUGACAGAGAAAGACUUAAUGAGGAGAAAGAAGCAUUGCAGAAAAUUAACGAGAGAUUGCAGUCUCAACUGAAUAAACUAAACUCUCAGACAAAAGACCUCCCGCCAGACUAUCAGUGGUAUGUUCCUGACCAGUUUCCGCCAGAUGUGCAGCACAAGGCAAAUGGUAAGACAACAGCUGUACAGAGCAUAUUUUAA